AAUGUGAAAUACAUACAAAAUGGCGUGCAGUCGUCAUUGAUUGUAAAAUUUUGUUUUUAAAAAUAUGUUGAAUUUACUCCGGGUUUUGAAAGAAGGUAGUGCUGCACCGAAUUUAACGACUUCACGCGCCAGUUCUCGAAACAAUACAAUGCAGAAAAUCUGUCUAUAGCAUGUGUUGCUGCAUACGUUGCCAAAACUGUGUUUAGCAAAGCGUUGUAUUUUAGGGGCUGAAAUUCCUGAGUCUUUGACGUGUUUGAAAACAGUUGGAGAUAUUUUUCCAACCAUUCGAAUGCAGUGUAAAUAAGUAUCUCGAAGAAAUGGUGGCAAUUUUUACAAAGCAGCCUAAUUUUAACAAUAAUUAACUUAUUCGUCAUCAUUGCGAUAGUUAACCCCUUGUGAGCCACGUUAAACUAUAGAUUUUUCGUAAAGUUUGUGCCUGCCUGUGUGUGUUUGACCACCGUCGGAUACGUUUGUUUUUCGAUCUGCUGCAGCACUAACCACAAGGAUUCAUUCAUCUCAUUUGCGUUGAUUGUUGAAUGUAUAUCAUGGAAUGAAGCAGUCGAGUUUUAGUGAAGAUAAUUUUCAGCUGCACGACCGUGCUGACCGACCGAGUGCUGCAGAGCUACGUUCAAUGGCAAUGAGACAACAGCAACAAAUCGACACACAACACCAAAUGCUGGCAGCGAAGGAACAGCGCUUGCGGUUCCUGAAGUCCCAGGAAACACUUAAUGUUGUUUCGGUAGCCGAAGCAGAGCGUCUUCGACGACUACGCGAGCGCGUUGAAGCGCAGGAGUCAAAAUUGCGCCGCCUUCGCGCUUUGCGUGGUCAGGUGGAUUUACAGAAGACCUACAAUGUGACGCUGGGCAAUGAUUUGGACUCGAUAAGGGCGCUGUUUAGUGAGAAGGAAAAGGAACUUACGCUAGCUGUGGCCAAGGUCGAGGCGCUAACACGCCAGCUGGAAGAGCUACGGCGCGAUAGGCGGGGAGUCGGUACAAACGGCAUUUCGUACAACCUGAACCCAAACUCUUUGAAUAACAAUGGAUCGCCCGCUGGCAAGGAGCUGGAGAAAUUGCGCUUGGAGCUUGUUUAUCGGAACCAGUUAUCAAUGCAACAGAAUGCUCGGCUAAAUAUGCAGAGAGAAGUACUACAGCAGCGCCAGAUAGAACUACACUCGGUGGACAAACGUAUAGUGGAACUGCAAAGCCGCAUUAACAAGAAAAGAAUACUCAACGUGCAGAAUUACAAGCUGAAUGCGGCGAACAAUAACAAUAACCCGGGUUCAGGCCAAAACCAUAGUAAAACCAUACCAUCCAAUUCAAACCAUGCAUUGCACGCAAGAUCCUCAUCGACGCAUAUCAUUCCCUCACACUCACGAACCUUGAGCCGGGGCAAUGUAGUAGCGGUGGAACCGUUUAAUCACGUUCCUGUUAAAUCAUCGUCUGUAGGAACUGGAUCUAACCAUUCCUCAUCGCCGUCUCCGUUGGUGAACGCGAACGAGAAAAUGUCGCAACCAAUUACCAGUUCGUCCGACUUUAUGCAACAUCAACAGCAGCAACAACCGAUGCAAAAUUAUCAGUGGGAUCACGACAAGCUUGGAGUAAUGAUGGGCGGCGAUGAGGCUAUGCUACUAGCACCGGAAAGCGAUGAAAAAAAGCUAGCUGUCCGGCAGCAGCAACAGCAGCAAUACCGCACCCGUUACGUAGAAAAUGUAGGUAUUGUUAACGGCCCUGAGUCGGCAAUGGAGGAUGAUGCUGCUACAGGAAAAGGGAACUAUUCCGAACCGCAGCACAACAUGAUUGCAAAUGAUUUUGAGAUGAAAAACGCUUCCAAUGCAACGUCGAAGUAUGACAAUGAGAAAGGCACGUUCGAAUAUUUCAACCAUAACAACGUUGAAGGGGAUUUAGAUUCGGCCACUGGUACGGCAAACGAAAAAGGACAGUCGCGAGAUAAGAGCAUUGGUGCAGCGAAAACAUUUAACAACAAUCCGGAAAAACAUCAGCAAAGCAACUCAAACCAACCGAAGGCUAACUACAACUUUCUACAAAACAUUCCCUUGGGAAACUUGGUGGUGCCUCCAAGGAAACCAAUCAACAGUGUGGCGCCUACGCUUGCCAUGAAGCAUGUCCCUUCCACGACAGGCACUACGAACAGCACGAGUGAAACCACGAGUGCUAAAAUAACGAGUGUAACGCGAAAGGUUCCAGCAGGAAUAGAUAGCGGCGGUGCACCGAUGAACGAGGCUCAACAAACUUCAAUUCCUGCAAGCCCAAACAACAACAGUCGUCCGGCCCUCCCGCCAAAACCUAGCAAACCGUCGGGUAUCGGAAAUGCAGGCGGUACCGCACCCUUUGCGGGACUUGCCAGUACGGGUGAUGAGAACAGUAACGACACUUUGGCUGGACCAUUAGCAAGCAGCGAGAAUGAUUCUUCGUCGGGUGCUUCGUAUGAUAUUCCGGAUUUAAGUCUCGCGGCGACCAAUAGCAAACAAUCGACAGCAAAUGACAAGCUUCCAAUCAAAGCUAAACCCCUGACUAUUAGAAAGCAUCCAUUUUUAGAGCAACCGAAGUUGAAGAAUUUCACGAGUUCGUUAAAUCCCAACAGCGGGACUGUUACUACAACGGGGCUUAACAAAAUGCCAAACCCUUCCGCAAUGCAACAACAACAACAACAAAUGACAAACAAGCGUAAGGAGGCAGCUGCUGCUGCUGCUGCUGGGACAGGCACUGGGGGCAUUGAUUCCACACAGUACAGCAAUUACGAGAAAGAUGCUAUGCAUGACAAAAAAUCCACACCAGAUCCUGGUGAGAUGAUCAACACGGGAAGAGACCAUCCGAUUGAACGCUUAAAGAAACUGAAAGGUGGAAGUGCAAGCGGCAAUGAUGGAAUCGGGAACAACGCUGAAAGCGAAGUUACGAGACGGAAGCGUAAUUUCAUCUCGAUGGCUCCGGACAGCCAGGGCAAUUCUGGCAACAUGGGAAUUAUGAACGGUGCGGCGGGAGUGUUGAGCGAAGGAAGCAAACAUAAACUGUCUCGCCGUGUUAGUUUUGAUCCGCUAGCGCUUCUAUUGGACGCCAGCUUGGAAGGUGAACUGGAAUUAGUGGAGAAAACGGCUAUGCAGGUUACAAAUCCAAGUGCUGCAAACGAUGAAGGCAUCACUGCGCUGCACAAUGCCAUAUGUGCGGGUCACUUUGAAAUAGUCAAAUUUUUGGUAAACUUUGGGUGCGAUGUGAAUGCACAGGAUUCUGACGGCUGGACGCCAUUGCACUGUGCCGCCAGUUGCAAUAAUUUACCGAUGGUGAAGUUUCUGGUCGAGUCCGGUGCCUGUUUGUUUGCCGCAACACUCUCUGAUCACGAAACACCUGCCGAAAAGUGCGAAGAAGACGAGGAGGGAUUUGACGGGUGUUCCGAGUAUCUGUACAGUAUACAAGAAAAGUUGGGCAUAUUGAAUAAUGGAGAAGUUCAUGCCGUUUUUGCGUACGAAUCUCAGCAACCUGAUGAAUUAAGCUUCUUUGUAAACGAUAAGCUCACUAUCAUCCGGAAGGGAGACGAAGCAGAACGAGAAUGGUGGUGGGCACGCAACACCUUAGGAAAGGAAGGUUACGUUCCCAGGAACUUGCUUGGGCUUUAUCCACGGCUCGCUCCAUCGUACACAGACGACAAUUAAGCUGGAUACCAGAAUGAUAUCGUUUGCCAAUGCAAGGCUUCAUAGUUCAAUUCACAAUGUGCGCGUCUCUGAAAACGUAUGCAUUAAAAAGGGACAAAUUCGAGAUGGCAAAGAAAACGAAAUUACUGCAGAAACAUUAAUUAUUGGACUUACGGCAGUUUUACGGGUGGCGGCUUCUUCUGCGUGUUUGCCGUGAUAAGGACUUUUUGUAACAAUGUUAUUUUUGUUUGAACAAAAGCUAUGAAAACCUAAGGUGCAGAACGAUGCAAAAACACUUGGUUUCGUAAAUGUUACGUUCGUACAACACUAACAGAUGGGUGACACAGGAGCAUUCCCAGGGGUGGUCCGGUGGCCGAAGCGAAAACGGCACCGGUCUUCACACGUGUACAAAGUACCGGGCAGGACCGGGGUUCAAAUCCCAUCCGGACCGUCUCCCCAUACGCAGGGCUGACUACUUUGCUGCGAGUAAAACCAAGUCACAGAAGUCACAGCCAGAAAUGGUAGGCCGACGAGACCGUUCGAGUUUGUAGUGCCAAGGAAGGAGAAGAAAAAAUGCAUACUCCAUCAAGCCCCCCAAAAAGACAGAAUCAACUACGUUCGAGAAUAUCGCUGAGAGUGCAAAAAAAUAUUUAAGCGCAGUUACGCGACUCGUUUUGGCCAUAGCGCUGAGGUGUGGUCCGUGAAUAUUUGAUAGGAUAAAAAAAGUGGUUGGGUGGAAUCGCCUGUAAACAACAUUGGCACAAAAAAGCGAAAAAAGCAGUCUGUUUUCUUAAUGCAUACGUUACUGUUCAGGCUGAAUACUAACGUGAACGUGAAUUGAACUGUAAAAUCCCUUAAAUUUUAUCACGCAAAUGCAGGAGGUGUUCUCCGCCAUUGCAUGACAUUCGAAAGAUAUGUUUAAUACACGUUAGUACGAUAAACGUGCGGCCCAUUAUAGACAUUAAAAGUACUUAAUGUAAAAUAAUCAAAUUCGAUGGUUUUCAAACAAUCGAAAUGUAGGUGUCGAGAGAACGAUUUAAAUAUUCUUCAACAGGCACGCGUUAGAGUUAACGGCAUAAUUCGUUAAUGUAUUGGGUUUUGAAUACAUUUAUAGGCAUGUGUGGACAGGCACGAUUAAUCAAAUCCAACACAGAACAAAUAGGACAUUGUAAUGAAAAAUCCCCAGGCCAAGCAUUACAGUAUUUUACAAACUGCAACAUUUAUCGAACAGCAAACUCGUUCAAAUCAAAAUUCCGCUCAAUAGAAUUAGCAAUACUUGAUAAUCACCUUCACCCGCCUUCCUUCACUGGUGCAGGGUAUCUCCUUAACUUUGUUUUAUUGUUGGGACUGCUGGUAGUUGUAUAAAUAAUAGCGACUCAUAUUCGGUUAAAGGCAAAGUUUGGCGCACGAUGACAGGAUUCACUUGAAGCGAGGAUCGAUGUGUAGGACUCGUGUAGAGAUUUUGAUCGCGAUCAUUAUAAACACAUAUACAGACUCGAAAGUAGCCACCGUUGGUCAUAACAAUAAUUUCGCUCGCAUCGCUAGAACCGAACAUGAAUCUGACUGUGCAAAGAAUGAGUUAAAGGAACGAUGUUACAUGUAUUGAUAUCUGUAAGCAAUGCAGCACGAGUGCAAUCUACAACAGGCUCCUGAACAAGUCCAAAAUAGUUUCAUUUGUUGAUGGUAAAUAUGAAUAAAAAGAAAUAAAAAUACUUUUAUUUGAUAUGAC